GCUCAGCAAGGAGGGAGGGGCAUUCUGCGCCACGUGUCGCCAUAUCAGACCAUUCGCGAUUUUUGUUUUCACCCCUCUUCUCAUAUGUGUAUCGAAUUGGGCUUUAGACUAUUGUUUGGGCUGUAAUAUUAGAUCUAAUUAUGAGGCAACAACCUUGUGGCCCAUUGCUAAGUAUCUUCCUCCCCAAAGCUGAGAAUCCUAACACCGGAGAUCUGAAACUGUUGCCGCUUCAGUCAUCCUUCCCCUUCACAUCCAACAUUACGCUUAACAAUAAGCAAUCAAGUUCCUCCACUAUUACCACUAACUCUUCAUCAAUGGAGCUUCAAAUCUACCUUCUCGACUUCACUCCACUAUUCAGUAUAUAUAUACAUCGCUUGAAAGCCUAAGCUUAAUACUUUUCCCUUUCCGAUUGCAGAACUUCUGUUAAUUUCUAGACUCAUGGCGACCUCUCUAAUUCAUUUCACAGAAUUGAAGUCUGGUUGUUGUCGACAAGGCUCCUUCGAUUUUGAGAAGCCCAGAAUGUUAAGAAAGGGAGUGAACUGAUCUGUGUUGUUAUGGUCCUUAUUGAUUCGAAGGCUAUGGAGCUAAGCGUUCGAAGCAAUCCAACCUUCAAGUUUGCGGAAAUCCAUGUGUCAAUUAGAUUCACAGACCAAACUGUGAACUGAACCCCAAGGAGUGUUUUAGGUUUCAAAAAUACGAGUGGCUCAUGUCACUAGCCAAUACAGAUACUUAUUUGCCAGGUUUUAUUAUUGAAAUCCCUAAACGAUCACUCCAUAUUAUGAGUAUACAUUUCACAGAGAAUUACCCCUAAUAGUUGUGUAUCGCUGGAGAAAUAGAGGCGUUAAAACCAUCUACAACUAAAAGACUCAGAGCACUCAACGCCUCAUGGCAACCAUAAGGCUUCACAUGUAUUUGAGAAAUCUCAUGCUUCUAUUCAGUACCCCGUUUUACGUAUAUGUGUGUGCUCUGUUAUAAAAGAUUAUUAACUAAUAUUUUCCAUGCUCGAGUGUUUUUGACAGGCUAGCUGCACCUAGAUAAAAAAAAAAUUACUAGAAUCUGGUGUUGAACCAAAGGGGAUCGUUGCAACAAAUAUAAAUCCAAAACUUGUCGGAGGGAGGCUGUUUCUGAACACUACAUCUGGAACGAAUUUAUAUCUUGACAACAAGUGUGGAGCGAGCAGUAGCUUUCUCAAAGAACAUUAUUGACUAGGUCAUUGCAAUCAAGAGCACAAUCAACGGCGGUACACAACGUGUAAUUCUGUCUCUACGCCUAGAAAGGUAGCCUCACCAGUUUAAAAUCCAUUGUUUAUAAUUUUUUACAACUUUGUAUAAUAUUGUAUUCUCCAAGAAUUUCAUCUUCAUUGAUACUUUACAGCGAUGUGAAAGUGUGAGUGUUAGUCUGUUCGAUAGCCUAGCUUUUGCAUUUCAUAAGAAAUUAUAAAGCUACGGUUCGGAGCCAAAAGUUGUGUUGGUCCCUAGAAUCAAUCCCAAGGUUGUUGGAGAUAAUAUACUGAUAAUUUGUAAUGUCUCCAGCAUUAAGAGACAGCUUCAUCCGAGUUUGUAGGAUUUAUUGUGUUCUCAGGCCAGUAUAUAACUAAAAAACUCACUUUCCGUUAUUACUAUGCAAAACUGAAAAGGGAAUAUUUGAUGAAAAAUAAAUUAUAGGCUUUCAUUCAAUACAAGUCCAACACAACAGUUAUAGAAUAGAUUCACUACUGAUCAAAAGAAAAACGAAUUUCAUUGAACAUUUAUAUGCAGUUUUGUUCAUUUUGAUUUCCAGAUUAUUAAUGGUUUCAUUAUAUUUAAGUUUUUUUCUGUGUAGUUAGAGUUUGGCUCUUUUUUUUUGAUUAAAUUAUUUGAUAUAAAGUGAUAUGUAACUAAAGUAAAAACAAAACUUCCAACAAAUAAUUUGCUAUUAAAUAGAGUUCAACUAAUUUAACAAUUUGGUUCAUACUUUGAAAUAUCAUGUUUUAUUAGUUUAUAAAAUACUAAUUUUAAAAAAUAUUUUAAAUAUCAUGAGAAACAAUUUCAACAAAUAAUUUUGUUAUUAAAAUAUUUCACCAAAAGUUAUAGUAAUUUACAAAACGUAAUCAAUAAACCACUAAACUAAUUGAAAUUUCAUUCAAAUAUAAUUAUGCACUGAAACAAAUAUAUAUUCUAAAACAUCAGUUGCUGUUAAAUUGGAAAAAAACUAAUUAUUAUUUUUGGAACUAUUGAUAUAGUAUUUAAACAUUAGGUUUAAUUAUCCUGAAAAAACCAAUUAGUGUAAAAAUAUUUAAACUUAAAUUUUUUUGAAAUAAAUAAAUUUUUAUUAAUUUAAACUUCAAAUUUUCUUUUAUUAUGUCAAAUUAAAAAGAAAAAGAAAUAAAUAUAUACCAUAACAUUUUUCUGAAUCAUUUUCAUUACUUUUGUAUUCUAUAUACAAAAUAAUAAACGUUACUGUUAUUUGUUAAUUUAUAGUAUUGUUUUUUUAUUUUGAAUAGUUUUUAUAAAGUUUCGUAAAAUUUUUAAAAAUUUCAUCUAUAAUAAUUUUUAGUAUAAAAUCCCGCCCGUAGGGCGGGCCAACCACUAGUACAAUAGAAAGGAGAUUAGCUGUUUAAUCUAACGUUUUUUUUGUUAUUGUCUAACGUUGACUUUUCAAGAUUAAUGUUGUGAAGUCAACACAAACAUUAGGAUUAAAAUUGCAUAUCCAAGAGUUGAGGAUUUAAACUGUUAAUUUCAAAUACUUGAGGAAUUAAAUGAUCAUUUUCCCUAUGUUUUGGAUAAAAUUAUAAAAAUAGUGCUUUUGAAGCAUUUGAUCAUCAAAAGACCUUAAACAUUCAAGGGAAAAGAUCACUCUGCAGAUCACUAAUGAGUUCAUCUAUAUCUCUAAUCAAUGGUCAAAGUGGUUUAAAAUUGAUUUCACUGUGGAUUAACCCUUUCAUUUGACCUCAGAAAAUCUGUGGCUAUUCUUAUGCUAUUAGAAAACUGGAAAUCAUUUAUGUUUUUUGUUGUAUCAUCAUAAAUAUUAUCGAGAUUGUUGUCGACCAGCAAAAAAAUAUAAACCAAAUGCACAUAAGUUCUUAACUAAAAACAAAUUGUGUAAUGCCCCUAACAAAACUGGUUGGAAGGACAAGAGCCAAGAGGGUCCGGUCCAUAUAUGACCGGGUCACAAAUUUGCUGAGAAUAAUUCGAUAAGGUUAACGAGUACUAUACAAUAUCAGAUUUGGGGACCCGGAUGGCUUUAUCAUGUUGUUCCUAAUUAGUCAACAUAACAAUAACAAGAAGCUAUAAACAUAAAAACAAACAUCUCCAUCUAUCUACGUAUAUAUAUUACAAAAACCAAUAUAUGUUGAUUACACUUAUUGUCAAAAAACAGGAGGUUAAUUUCACUAAACUAGAACAACCCACAUGGUUUGAUUCUCACCAAUCACCCUAUUCACUUUCUAAUCCACAUAUUAUUUAAUUUGUCUCUGCUCUUAUUAUUGCAUUGGUGUUAAACACGGUUUACUUUGGGGUAUAUUAAAGGGUUCUCAGUGAUUAAUGAUUACGAUUAUUUUGACUAAAGCUUGCAACAUAUUGAUGUUUAUUCAUGUUGUUGUUCUGUCACCACCAAAACAAUCUCGUUAUAUCUCUUAAACUAUAUCAACACAAUGUAAUAAUCACUUGUAUUGUUGUAUAUUUCAAAUUGCUAAACGAUUACUUAUUAAAAUUUGGCUCAAACACCAGUGUUAUUUGUAUAUAAGAUUGGCUAAUAUAAUAAAGAAAACGAACAUUGUCCAAAACUUAUAAUAACCGAACCUAUUUUAGAUGCAGCUAGGCAAGUUAUGCACAUGUGAAGCUAGAUUAGUUAAAUAUUUUGUACACUCCUCACUUGUUCCGGUUUCAAAGUACAAUCCUUCUUCACAUAUAUACAAUUUUCAUAAGAAAAUGUUAUAAAUGGUACGUAUAGGAUGCCCUCCACUUUUUAAUUAUAGAUAUUUUAUUAUAUUCUAUGCAGUUGCAAACUUUAAGAGAGAAUAAUUGAGAGAGGACUCAUUUGCUCUUCUCUGACGCUUCCUUAUAAAUAACGCAUAUGAGCCAUUAAAGAGUCCCACAAAUACUUUUACGCAAAAAAAAAAAGAAGAGAAGAUUUAUUAAAAAUGAAUAUGGCAAACGAAGAGAAACCAAAAAAGAAGAAAAGUCUCAUGAACUUCUACAAGUUCUCCACCACCACUUCGAAGAAGUCACUCAUAAAACCUAAAUCCACACCAAACAAAGUCCAGAUCCCACCAUCAUCAGUAUAUCAAGAAGAGGUAUCGAAAUCAAUCGUGGUCCAGUCAAGUAAAACACAAAACCAUCUAAGGAGGGACAUCUUCGAGUUAAAGACUACUAGUAAUGAGAGAAAGAAAGGUGGUGCUGGUGGUGCGGCGGAGGAGGGGAGGAAGUCGGUGUCUCACGUGGAGAGGGAUACGGAGGCGAGGAUAGCGGCAGCGGCGGAGAUGUUAACGGUGAGGAUAUUAGCAGCGGACAUGCCGGGGUUUAUGCAAGCACAUGCGUUUAGGUGUGCGAGAACGACGUUAGAUAGUUUGGAGAAGUUUAGUUCGAAGCACAUGGCUUUCAAUCUCAAGAAGGAGUUUGACAAAGGGUAUGGACCAGCAUGGCAUUGCAUAGUGGGGUCAAGUUUCGGAUCGUUCGUGACACAUUCCACAGGUUGUUUUAUUUAUUUCUCAAUGGACAAACUCUACAUUCUCCUCUUCAAAACCAAAGUCCGUCCUGCUUCUCCCCAUUGAUUUUCUUUCUUUCUUUCCUCUUCUUCUCUUUUUUUUUAUAUAUUGUUUUUCCUCUCUUUCUUUUUAGGAUGUCACUUAUACCAAUCAUAUUCAAAAGGCCUACUGUAAAUUCACUAUUACUAUGUUAUCAUAACGUUGGCACAACUAUACAAGCCUUAGUUCUAUUUGUGGGUCGAGUUUGUUUGGA